AUGGGAGUUUGGAUCACUCUCGCCGUGGCGUUGGCUGCCAGCCUGUUGGUGGUGCCAGCCGAGGCCUCGCUCGUCAUGCCUCGCGUAGGCCUCAUCAACAACUCCUUGUAUGAUCGGGCAAUGCGAGACAUCAAUGCUUCAAUGUCUCUGCUUGGCGUUGAAGCCGUGUAUGUGACCGGAACCACGUCAGAGAUUCGCGAGUACGCUCGUCUCGGCAUGAUCAAUCUUGCCUUUACACCGAGCCACAUCUUUGCUUGCUUAUCGGCGGAGACGAGCGCUGCCCCCAUCUCAUCCAUCGUCCGCCACCACAAAACUGUUGACGUGUCGCAAGCGGGAGGCGUAAUUUUUACAAAGCACGAUCGCAGCGAUAUAGCUUCCCUCGCUGAUAUCGAAGGCAAAGUGAUCUCAGCGGUGGGGCGUGACUCCCUCUUUGGGUAUGCGGCACAGCGUCAUGAAAUCUUGCGUCAUGGCAUCGAGAUUUUAACCGCCAACCCCCAGAUCAUUUUCACAGCAGAUCAGUACCAGGUGGUCUUGGACGUUGUCAACGGCUUGGCAGACGUUGGUUUUGUUCAGACCGGCAUUAUUGAAGAAAUGAUGGAUCUGGGCCUUGUGUUUGUUUCCAACAUAAAAUUUCUCAACGAAUACAACCACUUCAACGCCUUGGGCGAGGCCUAUCCCUUUCGUUCUUCAACCAAUUUGUAUAGUGAUUGGGUUUUGUCUUCGAUCACCGGGCUGAGUGAGGAGGCUGGCGCCUCUUCCAUUAGCUACUGGCGCUCCCCUCUCUCCACCGUGAGGGUUUUUGCCUUGCUGCGCGAGCUCUCGUUUUUAACCACAAACGCAGACAAAACGCUGACAUGUGGCAACAUGGACGCUGAUUUGGAACACAUGUCAUGCCCCUACGGCUUUCGGCUGCGCGACGACUUUUCGUGUGACACCCACCAUCAAUACCCAUGCCCAACGAGUGAGACCGUGCAAUAUCAAUGUGUCUGCUACCCCUGCGUUUCCGUUUGUGCUGCGCACGAGACAUACAGCGACGGCAAUUGUGAGUGUGACUCAGGCUACGUCACAUCGGCUGGCACCUGCGUACCCUUUGGCAUCCUGAUUGUACAAGUGCUGGUACCCGUGAUUAUCGUCAUUGCCUCGCUGAUCCUCUAUAACAACCAUCGACAACGCCUGAAAACGGAUGGUAUUUGGCAAAUCGACGCCAAGGAUCUCGUCUUGGAUCAGCCACCUGAAGUUUUAGGUUCUGGCUCAUUUGGCGUCGUACUGGCCGCCAAGCUCCGUGGGCAAGCUGUGGCAGUCAAGCGCGCCUACGUCAACAAGCAUCGCAAACAACACAGCCAGAGCAGGGUGGCAAGCGGGCGUGACGUCGCUGUCGCGUCCUCGAGUUUAAACUUCUCGCUCUCGAGCCGCAAAACCACAACAAAGCGCACGGAUCAUACGGCCCGCAAUCGCAUGCGCACCUUUUUUAUCGAGGCCGAAGCAGCUGUGAACAAAGCAUCCGCAAACAACGCAUCAAGCUCCAAGCCAAGUCGAACCAUCCAUGAUACAGAGUACAUGCAAAUGGGGUCGCUUUACAACAUGCUGCACAACGAAGCAAUGGAACUGGAUGAUGAGUUUCGUUACAACAGCUUGCACAACAUAACCUGCGGCAUGCGACACUUGCACAACGCAGAUCUGAUCCACGGUGAUCUGAAGGCUCUGAACUGCCUGGUUGAUAGCAAGUUCCAAGUCAAGGUGUCGGAUUUUGGGAUGGCAGGCUUUGCCUCGGAACACAGCCAACGGGGCGGCACUUUGGCCUGGAUGGCGCCUGAACUGCUGCGCGGCGGUCCGUGUACAUUUGCCAGCGACGUGUAUAGCUUUGGCAUGGUCAUGUUUGAGGUCUUUUCACGCGAGGACCCUUACGAGGAUAUGAGCUUUGAUUCAAACACACUGGUUCAGAACAUUCUCGGUCGCAAGCUGCGUCCUGUUACACCCGAAAACAUGCCACCUGAGCUCGCCGUCCUCAUGAAUGAGGCAUUUGCAGCCGAUCCCGACAUGCGCCCGACGUUUGUCGAGCUGUUGCGACGGAUUGAACCCCUGGAGGGGAAGAUGCGGGCCAACUCACGCAAGGGCGGCAUUCAAGACAAUGAGCUGCUAGAGCAGGUCUUUCCAAAGCACAUCGCAGCUGCACUGCGCGAGGGCCGAACUGUUGAGCCGGAGCAUCAUGCAGAGGUGACCAUUUUCUUUUCGGACAUUUGCGGUUUUACGGACAUGAGUGCCACGCUAGAGCCAGUUCAGGUUUCCAAUAUGCUGGAUCGACUGUACACAGUAUUCGACCAACUCUGCGAUAAGCACGGCCUGUACAAGAUCGAGACCAUUGGUGACGCAUACAUGUGCGUGGGCAAUUUGUUUGUACCCCAACCAGAUCAUGCAGCUCGCGUGGCUCGGUUUGCUAUGGAUGCCCUGGCGGGAGCAAAUGCAAUCCCCAUCAUUGAGGACGAGCCCGAGGGUGAUCACAUUAACAUUCGCGUCGGUUUUCACAGCGGACCGGUUGUAUCAAAUGUGGUGGGGACCUUGACGCCACGAUUCUGUUUGUUUGGAUCGACGGUCAACUGUGCAUCACGAAUGGAGAGCAACAGCGUGCGGAACUGCAUUCACAUGUCCCCAGAGGCCGCGGCAUUGGUGCAGAAGCACGACCAAUCCCUCCACGUGAUUCAGCGCGAUCCAGUUGUGAACAUCAAAGGAUUGGGCAAAAUGCAAACCUACUGGCUGGGCCAUGCUCCGGGGAUGGAUGACGUGGAAGCAACUGUCAAGAUGCCGCGAAAAGCGCGGUUUAGCACAGUCUCAAACCAAAGUGCACGUAGCCCCCGCGUCUCGUUGAAUCCUCGGCACCCACACGAGCACAGCGCCGGCGGUCAUCCUAGCUCACCUCGGACAGACCAAGCAAAUCGCUUGUCGCUGCCUCACAAUGGCGUGGUAUUUGAGCACUCGGAUACCGUCCCCGUCAGUCUAAGCUCAAUGGCUGAGAUCAGCCAGAGCAAAUCGUCGCUUCUCAGCGAUUCGGUGGAGAUGGCCGGCAAUACUCGUGCAAACAACACCCAACCCUCCGGGUCUGAACAGCACAACAACCAUCUCCAAGAUCAAGCACCCAGCAAACCGGUCGAUACAAUUGUUCAAAUUCUCAGUGAUGCUCCCGAUAGUGACGGAUCAGCCAUGACCUUUGCUUAG